AGCCCGGAAGUAAGACGUUUAUUGACAAUAUGGCCGUUGAACUGGGCUUGGAUUUGGAGAAAAUUGUAAUUUGACAGCACUCGCCGGGGCUGCGAUAACAACCCGUUUCCAUCUCAGGAGUGUGAGGGACAGAUGCACUUGAAUGAAGGGAGCCGUGGAUGCACGGGACGGUGUCAGUGAGCUGAGGAAACGUCCACAGAGAGAAACCCGUCAUGUCGUUUUUCAAGAGGAAAGCCAAAAGCAAAGAACCUGAGAGAGUGACAGAUGCUAAAGUCAACAGAGCUCCAGUCAGCCCUCACUCUCCAUCAUUAGGACUGAGGAACCACCAUGCCAUCCAGGAAGCUGCGGGGCCCAGCCAUGUGGCCAUCAACGCCAUCUCUGCCAACAUGGAUUCCUUCGCCCGCGGUCGCACCGCCAUCCUCAAGAAACAGCCGAGUCACAUGGAGGCUGCACACUUUGGCGACCUUGGUCAUUCCAGUGUGAACUAUCAGCCCCAGGAGACCCGCUCUCGGCUGUCCAAGACGGUGGACCAGGUCCUCCGGGACAAUGUGGCGAUGCCGCACUACAUGCAUUUCACGGAACUGCAGGGUGCUGACCAUCUGGUUCGGUUCUGGUUGGAGGCUGAGGGUUUCCGCUCCACCAGCUGGUCGCGAGUCAGAGCGCACAGUCUAAACUCUGUCAAACACAGCUCCUUGGCUGAGCCCGUCCCCGCCUCCCCAGAUGGCUCAGAGUUCCCCGAGACGGCCCCACACACGCCCUAUGCCCUCGCCCGGGACAGUAGCAGUGAACGUCCUGCAGUGCCGUCAGAGCGGCGAGACUCCUUCAGCACAGAAGCGGGCCUGAGACCCGGCACCCCUCGAGCAGAAACCCCCAGCAGGCAGGCACCCUCCAGGACAGGGACUCCCUACAAGGUGCAGGCGAACAGCGCCCUGCGAGACUCUGACAAACUCAUGAAAAGUAUAGAGAAAGAUGCUGUUACCAUCUUCACCAAGUACAUCUCUCCGGACGCUGUGAGGCCCAUCCCCAUCACAGAACAAAUCAGAAAUGACAUAGUUGCUAAGAUAUGUGGAGAGGACGGCAUGGUGGACCCAAACUGCUUUGUCAUUGCACAGUCGGUCGUCUUUGCCAUCUUGGAGCAACAGCACUUUAGUGAAUUCCUGCGGAGCCAUCAUUUCUGUAAAUACCAGAUUGAAGUGUUGACUAGUGGCUCUGUGUUCCUGGCUGACAUUUUGUUCUGUGAGUCAGCUCUCUUCUACUUCUCUGAGUACAUGGAAAAGGAGGAGGCGAUGAAUGUACUGCAGUUCUGGCUGGCGGCAGACAACUUCCAGAACCAGCUCGCAGCUAAAAAGGGCCAGUACGACGGCCAGGAGGCUCAGAACGACGCCAUGAUCCUCUACGACAAGUAUUUCUCACUCCAAGCCACCAACCCUCUGGGCUUCGGCGACUCUGUGCGGAUGGAGAUAGAGUCGAAUAUCUGCAGAGAGGGAGGACCUCUCCCCGACUGCUUCACCACUCCGCUCAGACAGGCCUGGACAACCAUGGAGAAGGUCUACAUGCCAGGCUUCCUGUCUAGCAACCUUUACUACAAAUACCUGAGUGACCUCAUCAACUCUGUGCGGGCGGAUGAAUUUGUGAAUGUCAGCACUCCAGGUCAGAGCGGGCCCGCGGACAACGACCGCUCCGGUUCAAAUGCCAGCGAGGGCUCUCAGACUCAGCACGGUGCCAGAAAGGCCGCGAUCAAGAUCCUGAAAAACUUUGAUGAGGCGAUCACAGUGGACGUUGCCAGUCUGGACCCAGAGUCCUUGUACCAGCGGCCAUACGCUGGAAAGAUGACGUUUGGGAAGGUGAACGAGCUGGGCCAGUUUAUCAGGGAGGCAGAGCCAGAGCCGGAUGUGAAGAAAUCCAAAGGUUCCAUGUUUUCUCAAGCCAUGAAGAAAUGGGUCCAAGGCAACUCAGAUGAGGCCCAGGAGGAGAUGGCGUGGCAGAUUGCCAAGAUGAUUGUCAACGAUGUCGUCCACCAGUCAAACCAUGACAGCCCCGGCAAGGCCACCAAGUUAUGACCCCACUGAGCGACCAAAGGACUGUCACUCCCUGCAGACGCCGGCCAAGCCGGUGACAAACCGUACACAGGGUUCACCCUGCAAUGAACUGCAUUACUCCAAGAGCGAACAAGGCUUUUUAUCACCUCCCCAAACAGUGUGUGUGUGUGUGUGUGUGUGUGUGUGUGUGUGUGUGUGUGUGUGUGUGUGUGUGUGUGUGUGUGUGUGUGUGUGUGUGUGUGUGUGUGUGUGUGUGUGUGAGAGAGUGAGUGAGUGAGUGAGUGAGUGAUUGUUCAUGCAUAGUCUAAUGGGAAACUUGAAGUGCAUCAUUGUUCCAAUCUUCCAACUCCAUAACACUAUAAAGGUACACGUGUAGUCGCCAGAAGCAAAGUCAAGAGCUUGCGUCGGACUGGAGGAAGUGACUCCUGAGGAAGCAAACGUUCGUCGUGAUGCUAGAAGAACGCCGGCAUGAAGAAGCAGCAGCAGCUGAGUCAGGACUAUCACUGUGUUGCUGUAGCCAUAGUGUUUGUACAAUGUCUUAUCUCGGACCUGUGGAGGACAUGACAAAGACUGAAUUACCUUUACUCCCUCAUGACACACCUCCCCACACCUUUUAUAACCAUUCCUUGUUUUUAGAUGAAAUUCUCUUUUAAGGGUCAGCUACUUAAGGAUUAAGCAGAUGAGUGUCCUCAGUUUGGGGCGGUGUACAGUCUUUGCACUGGCUUUCCUCAGCCUGUCUGGAGAGGUCUCGUCUGCUACUCCCUCCUGUCAGCUGUCCUACGUUGGCUGUUAACUGUACGUACUGUAGAACGUCUGGAAAAGUGACAAUGAAACAGAAGAGGAUCUGACUCAGUUGUUGGACUGGCUGACUUUCUGUGUGAACCUCCUGGCACCUUCAGAGUGUAGAAGAAGAAAUACUCCCUAAUGAACUUAAGUGCUCCAGUUGUGUUGGAAAACUCCAAACUCCGUGUCCUAAAUGUUUGUUAUAUAUAUAUAUUAUAUAUAUAUAUAUAUAUAUAUAAAAAUAUAUAUAUAUAAAUUGUAGACUUCUGGUUUACCCCAUAUAUUAAUGUUAGUCCUUUUUUAUGGUGAUUGCUGUUUUUUUUAUGCAUCACUGAAACAAACCGGACUGUUCAACUGGAAAGUGUGCUCAGUGAAAUAAACAUUUUUUAAAUUUCUUUUGAGCCUUACCAAGAUGUGGAAAAGAACCAGAAAAGACUCUUGGUACUAUGUACCACUAAUGUUUUCUGACAUGUAUGUGUACUUAAUCUAUAAUAUAUUUAAAUUGUGUUUGAUUUAAAUACAUAUAUUAUGAAAUGU